AUGGAGAGACCAGUGAAGGAUGGGAUCCUCUAUGUGCAGCACUGCAAAUUUGGAAAGAGGUCCUGGAGGAAGAUGCGAGCCCAGCUGUUUGCUGCCAGCCCCUCCGGUGUGGCCCGCAUGGAGAAGUUCGAUGUGCGGGAUGAUGGCACAGCCCCGGAGAAGAUGCCUCUGCAGCGCUGUGCCCGCCGGGUAAUCCGCCUCUCAGACUGUGUCUCCGUGGGCCCAGCGGGCACAGAGAGCUGCCCCAAAGCCACCUCUGCCUUCUACCUCACCACCACGGAGAAGAGCUAUGUGCUGGCGGCUGAGCAGCGGGAUGAGUGGAUUGCCCAGCUCUGCCAGCUGGCCUUCCAGGGUGCAAAAGAGACGGUGCCGAGUAGCGCCAGGACCCAGCUCAGCCCCUCUGUCCCCAUGGAGGAGAACUCUCUCUACUCUUCCUGGCAGGACUUGACCGAAUACCUGGUGCUGGUGGUCCAGACAGAUGCGUCCACCCGCUGUGGCCUGCACGGGCAGUACCUGCUCUCAGCCCUUCCCCAGAGCCUGACACUGAAGGACCUGCAGUCCCGCCAGCCCCUGCUUACCUGGCCCUACCCCUUCCUCCGCAAGUUUGGCCAGGAUCAGGCUGUCUUCUCAUUCGAGGCUGGUCGCCGCAGUGACUCCGGCGAGGGCACCUUCACCUUCAGCACCCCGCGGGCCCCUGAGCUCUGCCGGGCUGUGGCUGCUGCCAUUGCCUGCCAGCAGCAGGGCAAGGACACCCCGGAACCCAGGCUCUUCUGUGUCCCAGACCCCCAGCUGUCUGCACAGGGCCUUGAACCCCAACCCUGGGGCCCUGGGACAGAGGACCCCCAGCCCAGCCCAGCCCUGGGGGGGGCACAGCCUGCCUCCAAUGCCCCUGCCAGCCUCCUCUGCUUCACCCCGCCAGAGCCAGAGGGCUCGUGCCCCAUCGUCUAUGCCUCCAUCGCCCGGGGCCACCAGCCCCACUUCGUGCCAGGGCAGCCGGGCUCUUGUGAGCCCUGGGCUGCAGGGAAGCCACUCCCUGAGCACCUCUAUGAGAACAUCUUCACCGCAGAACCGCUUCCAGUCGGGACACAGGAAGAGGAGGAGGAAGGGCAGUGGGAGGUGGGGUGCCGACAGGCCCCCGAGGGCCACAGCAGCGAGGGGGGACCCCUCUAUGACAACCGGGCUGCCCUGGCACAGCCCCCCAGGGCCGCGGGCUGGGGUCGCGGGGGACAGGAGCCACUGCUGGGGCGCUCCAGGCACAAGCCUCAUAGCACCCUCCGGGCUAAGCUGGUGCGGCUGCUGAGCCGGGAGAGCGCCGGGGCGCGGGACUGGGCCUGA